AUGGCGGCUCAGACGAACGGACACGGUGCGAGUAGGCCAUCUGCAGCUUCGAGAUUCCCAACUGCACCUUCAAUCAUGACCAUGAAUGGACACUUUGCGGGAGUUGGCGAUGCGCCGACCAAGGAGCAGUACGAACAAGGCAUUCAGGUCAUCGAUGGGGAGAAAGAGUUCAAUCCGCAUCUUAACCACUACCUCCAACUCACCAAGAUUGCACAAUCCGGCUUCAACUACCACCUCAUAUCCGUCUUUGGCUCGCAGUCCACCGGGAAAUCGACCCUGCUCAACCACUUAUUCGGAACUGACUUUGGGGUGAUGUCUGAGACGGAGCGCCGGCAGACUACCAAAGGAAUAUGGAUGUCAAAGAACAAACGCGAUCAGGCGCAAGUUUCGGAUUCACAAAAGAUGGCAGACAACAUUUUGGUGAUGGAUGUGGAAGGUACCGAUGGUCGUGAGCGAGGAGAGGACCAGGAUUUCGAAAGAAAGAGCGCACUAUUCGCCCUGGCCACCAGUGAGGUUCUGAUCGUCAAUAUCUGGGAGCAUCAGGUCGGACUGUACCAAGGUGCCAACAUGGGAUUGCUAAAGACAGUCUUCGAAGUCAACUUGCAGUUGUUUUUGAACGAUAAGCAGUCUAACCCUCGGUCGCUCCUAUUCUUCGUCAUUCGCGAUCAUAUCGGAGCCACUCCCCUUGCGAACCUCCGCAACACCCUCAUCGCUGAUUUAACAAAUAUAUGGACCACUCUUUCGAAACCAAAGGGUCUGGAGAAUUCCCGGAUAGAAGACUAUUUUGAUUUCGGUUUCGCCGCAUUACCGCACAAGAUCUUACAACCAGAAAAGUUUCUGACAGAGGUAGAAAGACUUGGAUCGAGAUUCAGAGCUGGCCACCGAACGACGAAGGAACACGGUUUUGACGCCGCCCACGAACUCGAGGGUGGCAUAUUCCUGCCUGAGUACCACCGCAGAAUUCCUGCCGAUGGAUAUUCUGUAUAUGCGCAAGGAGUUUGGGAUCAGAUCUCUUGCAACAAGGACCUUGACUUGCCUACACAACAGGAGCUCUUAGCGCAAUUUCGAUGCGACGAAAUUUCCCGGGAGGUCCUGGAAGCCUUCGAUGUUGCCAUACAGCCACUCGAAGAAAAGCAAUCCGACGCGGUCAGACUUGGAAAGCCUACCGUACUCGAGGCGUUGGGCGCAUCCGGAUCCGAGGCGCGUCUCAAGGGUAUCAAGGCCUUCGAAGUUGAAGCUAGCAGAUAUCACAAAGGAGUAUACGCAAGGAAGCGGGUGGAGCUGGAGGGAAAAAUUGAUACCCGGUUGAAGGCUCUGUACCACGGACAACUCACUGCAGCACACAAAGAAGGUGUUGCCUCUUUUAGCGAUGCUGUGUCAGCAGCGGUCAAGGCUGGCCAAAAGAAAGGGGCAUCUUAUGAGUUUGCCGAGAUCGUCGAGCGCGAGAAACAAGUUGCCCUUGGGCAUUUCGAAACUGAAGCUCGUAGUCUUGCCAUAGAAGGCGUUUCCUGGACCAAUUUCAAGCCACAAUAUGGGCUGUUCGAGCAGGAGUUGAACGAAGUCAGCUCCCAAUUACGAAAAGAGGAAAUGCGCCGCCUUGCUACCAGAGUUGAGAGAUGGGUCCGGUCCAGAUUGGGUGAUUCGGUAGGACUGGAGUUCAACAAGUUGGGAUCAGGUCGUGGUCGAAGUGGAGCGCCUGAAAUAGGCGAGAAACCCGCAACAGAAAAAGACCUGUGGGAUCGAAUAUGGAAUCUCUUCGUGGCAGCCGUCAAGGAAGCCGAAACACGUUUCAUUGAACGAGCCAAAAGCUUCGACGCCGACCAGGACGAGAUUGAAGUCGGCUUAUGGCGACUGAGACGCAAAAGUUGGGGGGUCCUGCGCGCGAGGAUUGACGAAGAGGUUAUGGAAGGCAAUAUUCUUCUCAAGCUUCGCGAGAACUUUGAGGACAAAUUCCGCUAUGAUGAAGCUGGCGUACCAAGAAUUUGGAGGCCAACUGAUGAUAUCGAGGGGAUUUACACGAAAGCAAAAGAGUCAACUCUUACCCUCAUACCUCUUCUUUCUCGGUUCAGACUUGCUGAGACCUAUGGAUCCCCUGAACUCCCAGACUGGAUCGGAAAUGCGCCAGCAAGUGUCGAUCCAAAGGAUGAGGAAGACCUCACUCCGAUCGGCGGAGUAGACGAGGAAGAGGGCAAGAGUCUCGAGGAAGAAAUGACGAUUUUGAGCGAGGCCAAACGUCAAGACCUCGUCGUAAGAUUCAAGAAGACAGCCGAUGGUGUCUACGUUGAAGCAAAGCGUAGUGCUAUCGGCGGAGUUGCUCAAGUUCCACUCUAUUUCUAUGGCCUGCUCUUAGCACUAGGGUGGAACGAGGUUGUUGCUGUGCUCCGCAACCCCGUCUACUUCAUCUUCUUGAUCCUUCUCGGCGUUGCUGCCUAUGUAACAUACACCCUGAACCUCUGGGGGCCUAUUCUCCGUAUGGCUAACGCCGCGUCAUCGCAAGCCGUCGAAAUCGGCAAAGAGAAGCUACGGGACUUUCUGGAGAGCUCGGAUGCGGGACGCCAGGCCCUGGCUAUGAAAGGCAGGGACGAUGACUCGGUUAGCUUGAAUACUCUGGAUAGUAGGGGCAAAAAGAAAACUGCCGAGGACGAAGACGAAGACGAUGACAUCUAG